GUGUUUUCCUUUUUACCGUUUGCUCUUGGGGAUGGUUGAAUAUGUUUUCCUAGUGUUGGGCGUACUCUUUAGUGCAGGAUGAUUGUCUGGAUGUUAGUUUGCAAUGACCAUACAGUACAUAGCCAUGAUGACAUAGUGUUUCAUUAGAUGCAGUGAGGUCAUUGCUGAAGAGAGAUUGAUGAGUCCGAUAGCUGCUGAAGCUGGAGUCACAACCUGCCCCAGCUUCUGGCCAGGGUUGUUGUCACGGAGACAACAUUCCUAAGCACAGCCUCAUCUGGCCUGCCUGCUCUCUGAUCCAUCCACCUCCCCACCAUCACCCCCUUCCUCCACAUCACCCUUUCUAAGUGAAGUACUGACUGUAUGCCGUCCAGCGAUUGGCUAAUGGUGAUGUAAUGCCCUCUAAAUAAUUCAUUACUGGAAGAAAGUGAAAGACCCUGAGCCGGGAGGGGCAAGGGAGGGAGGCAGAAAAAAUCGAUGGGCCUGUCAGUGAGAGAGAGAAAGAGAGAGGUAGCGAUGGAUGAGGAGUCAGAGGUUGCAUCGGGGAGGAAGAGAAAAAUAACAACAAACCAUGACUGUGAGAGGCUAAACUGGCUGGGCAGAUGAAAGGGAACCCCGCUCCAACCAGUGAAUCUUCAUAUUGACCCCUUUUGUUGACAUCAUCACCCAAUGUGGAGGAGGAGCAUUCUUCUUUGUUACACACAUCCAUAUGUGGAUUCAUGUGAAAGCUCUUCCUCUCUUUCACACACACACACACACACGGCACCACAGUUCUUCAAGUGUGUGUGUAUCGGCCUGUGUAAGAAAAACAGUGCCACCCAAAACUGUGCCAUGAGAAUUUCUGGCAAAGGCCAGACCUACUCCUCUUACUGUGCCAAUCUCUAGCAUUAACUCAAUAGGAUCAUCCGCCUCUAGCUAGUUGAUUAACAGAGCUGUGUUAAAGAGGGAUUGUUGUCCUGGAAGGAGCUUCCUGCCCUUGAGGAACACCAUCCGCUCAGACUGCCUCCCUCCGGGGCUCAGACGGCAGAUGCUCCGGCUGCAAGUUCCAGAGCCACCCAGCCCCAUAGAGGACCACCCAGCCCCAUAGAGGACCACCCCACCCCAUAGAGGACCAUCCCGCCCCAUAGAGGACCACCCCGCCUGCCCUAACAGCCUCUAGGAGGGACCCACCCCGGGAGCACCAUGGAAGGGCUGGAGGUGGAGGACAUUAGUCCUGCCCUGGAGGCCACUGAGGACUUCCUACACUGCCUGGAUGGGGGUGGAGGCCAAAGCCACUGCCAGGGUGGGGAUGGGUUCCGGCAGCCCAGGCAACACCACCCCAAGCUGCAGGAGAUGUCUGCAGCCCUGGGGAAGCUGAGCUCUAGCGGGGUGUGGGGCCUGCUGGCCAGGGAGCAGGGGACCGAGGUGUCCCCCCGUAACGUGGCCUGGGCUGACCAGCCCUCUGCCUUCAGCGUGCUGGCUCUGAGGCAGGGGAAAAGGAGUCGUGCUCGUUCCACCAAUGACCUGGCUGCCCACACCAAGGACACCAACAACACCACCUCUAACUCCUCCAACACCGCCUUUAAGAAAGGCCACAACCGCUCACGUUCUGAUGUCAACUACCGGCCGUCCUACACAGACAACGCUAAUGGCCUGCCUGCUGUGGACAAGAACAUGCUGAAGAACAUUGCUCUCAAUGACCAGAGAGAAGAAGCCCAUAAGGACAGCAGCAGCGGCAGUGUGGUGAAGCAGGGCUCCCUGGAGCAUCGUGAGGGUCAAAAGGGUCGUUGGAGCAUCUGCCACCUAGAGCUGACCCCCUGUGAGCUGCGUCUCUACAGCCUGGACAGUAGUGGUAACCGCCAGCUCUGCACCGCCUACUCCCUGUCCCACUGCCAGGGCGUUAGCCAGCCCCAGCCACCACAGGACGGACGAGUCCUCCAGGCCCUCUUCUUCAACAGCUCCACCCGCCUGCAGUUACGUGCCGCCUGCCAGUGGGAGGCGCUAGACUGGAGGAGGCAGAUCUGGGAGAGAGUAUUGGCUGCCCGGCCCGCCCACAAACAGGCAGAGCCGCCUCCAGUCUUAUCCCCGUCGUCAUCCAUCUCCUCUGGAAGUCUCGACACCAGACCAGACCCCAUUGGUCCUGCUGAGGCUGCCCUGACCCCUAAUACCUCGCAUCUCCCCCCAGCCCGGCCCACGGCCCUGCCCCUGUUCACCAAGCGCUGUGCUGAUGUCCUCAAGGUGGGUCUGCUCCACCAGCAGACUGACCUCAACAACUGGAGGGCCUUCACCUUCGUGCUGAGUUGUUCCACGCUGCAGGCCUUCCCAACCGAGGGCCGGGGGCCCGUGUCCGAGCCUGUCCUCCGCUACCCGCUGGCCUCCUGCCUGGCCGUGCAGAGGGACGAGGUCGAGGGUGCCAGCGCCGCCCGUUUCCAGGCAGUCUUCCCCAGAGAGGUGCUCCGUCUGCGGGCUGAGUGCCAACUCAAGGCCCAGGAUUGGGUGGAGGCCCUGCGGAUGGCCGUGGCGGCCCAGAGGCCCCAGGGGGAGGAGGAUCAGGGCUCCAGCCAGGCCCAGCCAGGUGCAGUGUCGAUGGGGACGGGGGUGCUGCUGAGGACCAAGCCCUCCAGGGAGCGGAGGCAGAGGGAUGCCCAGAGGGCCAAGAGACAGUCAGUCACCACCAGCUUCCUCAGUAUCCUCACCUGCCUGGCUGUGGAGAAGGGCCUGACCACCCAGAGCUUCAGGUGUGCAGGGUGUCAGAAGCCAGUAGGGUUGUCGCGGGGAAAGGCCAAGGUGUGUUGCUACAGUGGCUGGUACUACUGCCAGAGCUGUCAUCAAGACAACCUGUUCCUCAUCCCUGCCCGCCUGCUGCACAACUGGGACACCAACAGACACAAGGUGUCCAAGCAGGCCAAGGAGUUCCUGGAGUUUGUGUAUGAGGAACCCCUGCUGGACGUGCAGCAGCUGAACCCGUGUCUGUAUGAACACUGUGAGGGCCUGGCUGCAGUACUGCGCCUGAGACAGCAGCUCCAGUCCCUUAGAGCAUACCUGUUCAGCUGCCGCGCUGCUGUGGCCGAGGACCUCCGUAGAAGGAUCUUCCCCAGAGAAUAUCUACUGCAACACAUCCACCUGUACUCACUGGCUGACCUGCAGCAGGUGAUUGAUGGGAAGCUGGCCCCCUUUCUCUCCAAGGUGAUUAAGUUUGCCAGUUCCCACGUCUUCAGCUGCAGCCAGUGCAGAGAGAAGGGCUUCAUCUGUGAGAUGUGUCAGACCGGACAGGUCAUCUACCCCUUUCAGGAGAGCACCACUAAGAGAUGUGAUGGUUGUGGAGCGGUGUUCCAUACAGAGUGUCAUCAGAAGGCCCAGCCGUGUCCACGCUGCGUACACAGAGAGCUCCACCAUAAGAGAGCCUCGUCUUUCUGGAGCCCUGACGACGAUACACCAGGCUGCUUCACACUGCCUUACCAGUACACCUGAUCACACACACACACACACACACACACACACACACACACACACACACACACACACACACACACCUGGAGACACACACACACACACCCCAAC